UCCGGUCUCCCUCCGCUCCGUGGCAGGGAGUUCGGACGGGACCGGAGCUGGAUCCCGGACCGCCGCAGACCCGUGCUCCCAGCCAGAGCGUCUCUGCGGUUCGGAGCCGAGGACCCGCCUGGAGGAAUGAGCUGCUACACGGUGACCCUACCGGGCCCCGGGCCCUGGGGCUUCAGGCUGCAGGGGGGCAAGGACUUCAACAUGCCGCUGACCGUCUCCAGGAUCACGCCGGGCAGCAAGGCGGCGCAGGGGAACCUGAUCCAGGGCGACGUCAUCGUGGCCAUCGACGGCGUCAGCACCGAGGGGAUGACCCACCUGGAGGCCCAGAACAAGAUCAAGAUGGCGCACCACAGCCUGGCGCUCACCAUGACCAAGUCGAAGCGUCCCGUUCCCAUGGCGCUGCCCAGAAUGGACGCCAUGAUUCCCAUGAUCCCUCACCAGCAGGUUUUCUGCCCCGCUCCUCCCAAUGCCGGCUUCAGCCCCGGCGUGCUGAAGGACUCGGGCCUGUCGGCCCAGAAGACCAUCGAGGUGACGGGUCCAGGCGGGAAGGCCACCAUCAUCCACGCCCAGUACAACACGCCCAUCAGCCUGUACUCACAGGACGCCAUCAUGGACACCAUCGCCGGCCAAUCGCAGUCCAAGGGACACGAUGCUGGUCGUGUCUCUGUUAGCGACCGGCUGGUGGACAGCGCCUCUCCGGUCUACCAGGCGGUCCGGACCACAGACCAGAACCAGAACGACUGGAGCCGCCGCAGCGCCCAGUCCAAGACCUUCCAGCUGCUGGCCCACCUGACCCACACCGAGCCCACUCAGCAGCAGGAUGAGGAUGAGGAGGUGAUGAAGAGGAGCAGCCAGUACGGGAUGGCCCCGCCCACGCACCAGGCUCCACCCCCUCAGCAGUACCAGCCAAUGCCGCAGCAGUUCCAGCCGAUGCCCCCGCUCUACCAGCAGCCCCCCCCACUCCAAGCCCCGCCCACCCAGCAGAGCUCCAUCCAGAUCCCCGUUGGCUCCGCCCCCCCGAAGGUGGUCAGCACAGCCUGCAUCUUCCCCUCCCAGCCAGCUCCAGUCCCGCCCCAGCCCCGCCCUGCAGCAGCCGCGCCGGCCCCGCCCCCUGCCGCUCCUCCUCCGGGUUCCUCCACCGCCAACCGACCGCCCUGGGUGACCGACACCAACUUCGCCGAUAAGUUCGACCCUGGAAAGACCACCUCCUCCUCCGUGAAGGUCCAACCGCUUCCUCAGGCGGCCCCGCCCCCGCCGGCGUACAUCCCUAACCCGUCCCCCGCCGGGCCGCCCGCUCCCAGCCCCGCCCCUGUCACACCGAGCCCCGCCCCUUUCCUUCCUGUGGCAAGGGGCGUGGCUCAAAGAGCAGAGAGGUUCGCCGCCAGCAGCCGCACGCCUCUGUGUUCAGCGUGCAACAGCGUCAUUAGGGGCCCCUUCCUGGUGGCCCUCGGCCGGUCCUGGCACCCCGAGGAGUUCAACUGCCACUACUGCCACGUCUCCCUGGCCGACGUCAGCUUCGUGGAGGAGCAGAACAACGUCUACUGUGAGAACUGCUACGAGGAGUUCUUCGCUCCAACCUGCGCCCGCUGCAACACCAAGAUCAUGGGGGAAGUGAUGCACGCCCUGCGACAGACGUGGCACACCACCUGCUUCGUGUGCGCUGCCUGCGGGAAACCGUUUGGAAACAGCCUGUUCCACAUGGAGGACGGGGAGCCGUACUGCGAGAAAGAUUACGUCGCUCUGUUCAGCACCAAGUGUCACGGCUGCGACUUCCCGGUGGAGGCUGGAGAUAAGUUCAUCGAGGCUCUGGGACACACCUGGCACGACACCUGUUUCGUGUGCGCGGUGUGCCACAUGAACCUGGAGGGUCAACCCUUCUACUCCAAGAAGGACAAGCCUCUGUGCAAGAAGCACGCCCACGCCAUCAACGUGUAGAGCUGAGCUGACCGAGCAGCCGCCGUGCUAACCGCCUGCUAUUGAUGAUGAUGAUGAUGAUGAUUCUGCUUCCAGACAGGAAGUCCUGCUGCUGCAGGUGACCGGGGGUCAGGUCAGAGACAGCCGGCUCCAUGCUGCGCCUGCAGGGCAACAUAAUCCCUCAAGUUACAGACGAUGGGUUGAUGCUGGAAAACAAAUUAUUUUUAACGUCACUUUUAGUCGUUUAAUAAAGUUUGAUGUUUUAACACAAAGUUUUAGAUUUUAAAUCUGUGCCAUCUUAUUUAUUCUAGACAGAAAUCAUAAUUUUCUGUUUUUAUUUUUUAAUCAACCUGCAGAAGUGCCUGUUUGACUUUAUGACUUUUAUUACGUAUAAAGAAGCUUUCAGCUCAACAAGAGGAGUUUGGUUCUGGUUCUGGUUCUGGUUCUGGUGCCGAUCACUGACUGAACAGCAUCAGAUCCAGAAACUCUCCGCUGUGAAGCUUUUCUGUCUGCAGCAGCUUCAUCUCAGACCCAACAGGACAAACAUCCAGGAAACGAUAAGGAGGCGUUUCCUGGACCUGCAGGGGGCGCUGCUGCAGACUGAGCUGAUGGCGCCGAUCCGCCUCCGUCUUUAACUGAAACCUUUUCUAUUUAUUGAUCGCUGAGUGUAUUCUGAAGUGUUUAUUUUAGAUUUUUUCUAUCUGAACUGUAAACGUAUCUGAGCUGCUGCAGAUCAGACGCUCGGGUGUAAUGGGUCCGUUCAUACUGCAGAACUUCAGAACCACUUCCUCUGGAUUACAAGAGGCUGCAGCUUCAGGUAAAUUACACAUAAACAGAAAUAAUCCAGACAGCAGUGAGUGUAGAGACAAUCAUCUCUCCACUAUCUGCUGUAGUUAGAGGAGCGGUAAAUCUGAAAGUUUGAUCAGAAUCUGGAUCAGAAACCAGAUUCUAAUCCAGAAAAUUCAAGGUUGGAACUGAGAUUAUUUUGGACCACAGAAACCACGCUGCUAACUAUAAAUACUGUUUUAGCGUCUCCUGGUGGCUAGUAGAAGAAUUGCAAUUAGAUCUAUCUUUAACCUCCAUCUCUGCUGCUUCUUUUAGUUAAUAAGCACCAGCAGGUAUCUUUUAAUAUCCAGACCUCUGCUGUCAACCAGAAAGAACAUCGUCCAACAGGACAGAAUCAUCUGCAUAGAGGCGAAUAUUAAAUAUCAAAUGCUAUGUUUGCUAAACCGCCGCUGCGUUGGCUGAGUAGCUGUUCAGAAAACAGAAACCUGCUGCCAGAGACCUGAGGUGAAUAUUUCAGGUGGUCUGCAUUAUAUCCUGGGAUGUAAUUCAGCUACACAACAAUUUUAAACAAUGUUUGAAAGUUAUUUUGACUUUAAUUCUCGUUGUAUAUUUGUAACAACUGGUUUGUGUUUUCUGAUCGGACUCUGUAAUUUGGUUUAACGUUCUCACAGAAAUCAUGAAAGCUGUUAGUUAACAAGGUUUUUGCUAAUUAUUGGGCUAAAAUGCUUUUUAUUUAUGGAUUUAUACUCAUAAACGUUUUUAUAGCAGCCUCUACUGGCCGCUGAAGAAACUGCAGCCACACCAAGCCAAGAAAAAAAAAACGUAACUAAAGUCAGAUCAUAAUUUAAAUUUGUAUUAUUUAUGGAGCAAAA